AGCGGGAAUAAACACACAAAUUCCAAAAAAUUUGUCGUUACCGUUCGAGCAAAUUGGUUUUGCUUCGUGACUAAUGUUUGAUGGCGCUAUGGUUCCGUUGACGAAACCGGAACAGACUGAUAUGUAAAAGGGAUAUGGUUAGGAGCGAAAAUAUUUCUCAGCAACAUUGAUCCUUCCACUAUUUUUCAACUGGCUAUUUUUCUUGUCGUAAGUGCACGUACUUUUUUGCUGACGCGUAUAAACUCCGCAAUCGCACGUAUAUUUAGAACGCCUACACCUUCUUACACUUUCUGCAGCCGAUAUUGAAGGUGUAAAAGGUGCAAUGAAAUAAAGCGCGAAAAUAAGACGUCGCAUUUCAAAGUAUAAGAAAAUCUUCUUGUACUCCAAAUUAAUUUCUAAAAUAACAAAAAACCAACAAGUGAGUCAGGUGUAAGUAACUCUAGUUGUUAUACUCGAGUAUCUUAAGAAGCAUAAAUUUCUCCAGCGAACAUGAAAGGUUGGCUCCAACGUGACGAAGAAGGGAGAAUAAUCAUAGAUAGCAAUGGAUAUGUCACUAUUCAAUGCGAAGAAGAAGAUUUUGUAUUCCAAGUGCAUCUUUCUGAGAUUGAUGUUAAUGCAGAGCAAAUGUGCUUCACUGUUAAUGACAAAGAGGUGUAUUUUGAUGUCUAUCCCUUUGUGGAAAUGAUAGAAAAUGAGCAUGAACCUGGGAAAGUAGAAGAGCGAACAGAAGAGCGGACAGAUGAUGAGCGGAUGAUAGAUGAGCGGACGACAGAUGACCAAGUAGAUGAUGAGCAGAUAGACGAGAGAUUAGAAGAAGAAAGAUUAGAAGAAGAUGACAGAUUCGCCACAGCAAGUACAAGUAAAAAUGGUAACGCAAUUUUUCCAUGGUGCGACGCCUCUACUAAAAUUUUUCUGAAAGAGUAUAAACAGAAGAAAGAACUUGUAAAGAAUAGGAAAUUGAAAAACAUGAAAGUUGCAUAUCAACAGAUAUCACAAAGUCUACAAAAGAAUGGCUUUAAUGUGUCUCCACUGCAAGUGGAAAACAGAUUCAAAACACUCAAACGUGCUUAUAAGAACAUGAUAAUACACAAUCGAAGAAAUGGCAGAGGAAAAUAUAUUUAUAGUUAUGAGCAGGAUCUAGAUGAAAUCUUCUCUUACAAAGAGUUUCUAGCUGAUUUGCAAGAUGGAGAAGUAAAUGAAGAAGGUACAGACUUAGAAUCUACAAGAAUUACUAGAACAAAAAAUGCUCAUAGGAAUUCUACAUCAAAUAAUGAAGCAGACUGGAAACAAAAUGUCAGAUUGGAAGCUCAACACGCAAAGAUGAUCGAGAAUUUGCAGAAUUGCCAACGUACAUUAAAGGCUCUAGUUACAAAGAUGGACAACAGAAGUAAAAGUGUCACUGAAACGCAAAAUAAAGUCUUACAGAUAUGCACAGAAAUACGAGAUAUGCAAAAAGAAGCAUCUGCUCGUACGGAAGAGCAUAGACAAAAAGCUACCAAGCAAAGAGAAAUGAAGAAUAAUUUGCUUCAAGAAAUUUUGGCAGUUUUAAAAUCUAAAAAAGAAGUAUAAUACAGUUAAUACAAGAUAAAAGUGUGUUUUUACUUAUAAUAGUUAUAAAGAGAAAUAUGAUUUAUUUAUUGUGUUAAAUAUAAUCUGGCCAUCUCUCUUUUAUAAUGGGUCAUUUCUACAAAUUCUGAUUGAUUGUAAAAUUAGUUAAUUAAGAUAAGAAUCAGAUAUGAUUAAUUACUUUUGCUAAUUAGUAAGUACAAAUUGAUUAUUGUCAAUGAAAUAAGAAACUUAUAGAUAACACUGAUCGGCAAAAUUCACUUUUUAUAGUAUGUAACAAUAGAUUAUAUAUUAACAAAUAAUCUUUUAUUUUUUUUUCAAGAAUGAAGAGCAUGUAAAAAGCAGUUAUAUAUAUUUACAUUGAAUAAAUAUUUACAUUACAAGAUUGUAAACAUAUAAGAAAAGCUUUUUGCUGAUCAGUGUAAUCAGAGAUGAUAAAACUGAAUCUAUACGGUGAAUUUAUUUUAUAAUUUUUGUUAUGUAAAAUAUUAAUAGUACUUAUGUUACUUAGAAAUGGAAUUGUGAAAUAGAUUUUUGUAUUACAUA